UGCAAAUCAGCCAGGCAGGGCAGGAAGAGGAAUGGCUGAUUCACAUCUCAGAAUAGCAUGGAAGGGGAGAGUGAGUUAGACCAUAAGGUAAGAUGGAGCUACAGCUUUAGUAGUAUAUAUGUGGCAGUGGGCGUGGAAUUAUGACGCAGUGGCUCAGCUAAAGUGCAAAGAAAGCAGAUGGGAUUUGGUAAAUUGAAGUAACUUGGUCCUGGUCUUGGCAUGGAAACAGUGUAAUCUCAACACCCUUAAGGCAGGGAAAUCAAACUUUUGUCACUGUAGACAUCCCCAGAUCAAGAAAACAACUAUACACCACUUCUCUUUAUAAGACAGGCAAGCAGAGAGUUUCAUUUGGUGGUAGGAAAAUCACUGUUGGUGUGGACCAAGGCUCAUCUAACUCCGUUUCCAUCAGUGGCAGGCCAAAUUGUCUCCAGGCAGUGCACAAACAGGACAUUGAGAUCCUGCCUUCCCCACUUAGUCACCCCUAAGGUAAAGGUAAAGGGACCCCUGACCAUUAGGUCCAGUCGUGACCGACUUUGGGGUUGCAGCGCUCAUCUCGCUUUAUUGGCCGAGGGAGCCGGCGUACAGCUUCCGGGUUAUGUGGCCAGCAUGACUAAGCUGCUUCUGGCGAACCAGAGCAGCACACGGAAACGCUGUUUACCUUCCCACCGGAACGGUACCUAUUUAUCUACUUGUACUUUGAUGUGCUUUCAAACUGCUAGGUUGGCAGGAGCAGGGACCGAGCAAUGGGAGCUUACCCCGUCACAGGGAUUCGAACCGCCGACCUUCUAAUCAGCAAGUCCUAGGCUCUGUGGUUUAACCCACAGUGCCACCCGCAUGGGCAGCAUGCUUCUUUGGAACACAGGGGCUCUAUCUGGCCAUCAUUGCUACUAGAUAAACCUAUAUUUGAUGGAUUUCCCUUAAUCUUCUAAAAAGCCAUCUAAUCUAAUGUCCAUCACUAAACAUUGUGUUUGUUCAUAAAAGUUUCUUACACAUAGCUAUGGGGUAAGCAGAUUCAAUGGGAAGGAAAAGAGAGCAGAGGUACAGGGGUCCACAGAAUACACUAAUGCACCAAAUAAAAAGCCAUUGGAAAAGAAAACAAUGUUGGGUGGGUGGGAACUCUGAUAAUUAAUAAUUUAUUUGCAUCAAUCUCUUUCAGUGUGCACACAUUUGAAGUUGCUCUCUGCUCUCUAUAAACUGAGGUUGUGCUUGGGAGAGACAAAAAAUUUGGGGGAGCAAGUGUUUAUUUUAAUUUAUUAUUCAUCUCCCACCUUUUUUGUCCAAGGAGCUCAAGGUGGUGGGCAUGUUUCUUCCCCUCCGCAUUUAGUCCCCACAACAACACUGUGAGGUAAGUUAGGCUAAGUGGCAGUAACCAGCCCAAGGUAACCCAACGAGAUUCAAGGCUGAGUGGCGAUAUGAACCCUGGUCUCCCAGGUCCUAGUCCAACACCCUAACCACUACGCCACACUGUCUCUCUAUAACAGGCAGGGUGGCUCUUACAUAAUAAUACCAGGCACUAUACCUGAGCAAAUUAGAUUACUGAGUGGGUCACCACUGGUUACUGAAUGGGGUCUGUGACUCACCAAGUCUUACACACAAUCCCAUUUCUAUGGGAACAACCAGUUCAGUGUCAGGGCUGCAGUCCCUUAUGAGGUAGCUCAGUAGUAGUAGAAGGGCUUUAAAGCAGGCAUAGGCAGACUCCGGCCCUCCAGAUGUUGGGACUACAAUUCCCAUCAUCCCUGAGCACUGGUCCUGUUAGCUAGGGAUGAUGGAAAUUGUAGUCCCAAACAUCUGGACGGCCAGAGUUUGCCUAUGCCUGCUUUAAAGAGCCUACAAUUUCUGGUUAAGAGUAACAAGGAAAGGCAAAAGGGUGGGGGACUGACUGCCCUUGCCCCUUUCUGUUUACUGUCACUCCACUUGAUCUCUUUUUACUAUAUACAAAGUAGCUCCCUCCAAAGCGUCUUUCCUUACAUUCCCUGAUAAUUAGUGAGUAAUGUGGUGGUGGUGUUGUUUAAUCCUGAUUGUAAACUGUAUUGGUUACUGUACUGACAGUUGGGAUAUAAACCUUGAAAAUAAGUAACUAAUAAAUGAUUGACCUUUCUGAAACCACAAACCACACUAAAGCAAGUGACCCCGUUCCUGCUGUAGAUUUGGGAAACAAGUUACCGUAUGUGUAAUUGACUGUUGUGCCGCUUCAUUUGCACCAAAAAGGUACAUCCAGCUAGUGCCAUAGGAAUCAGCUGAGCAUCAUGAUGGAGAGAUGGCAAAUACUUCCAGAUUGACAUUGGCAGUGCUUGUGGGCAGCUGCUUAUGGGUGCAGUUUGUUCUUGCUGAAUUGGAGCAGCUGUGCAUGAAUGUAACAUAAUAGAGGGAGAAAUAGAGCAGGAACCGGUGUUUUCUCUUUUUAUCCCAAAUCUCAGAAGAAUUGGAGGAAUUAAUUGAAAGCUGUUUCACCUAUACACACCAAUCUCAAGGAACUGCAGAAAAUCUAUAUAAAAACAAGCUGUUGGUAGGUCUAUAUUUAUAACAUUAGCAAGGAAAACGUGGAAUUAUCCUUGGACCUGAUCCAAAAUCUCCAGCUGGUGCAAAAUGCUGUGGCUAGACUGUUGGUGGGGACACCUACUGCCAACACAUGACUCCGGUGAUUAAAAGUUUGUUGUGGCUGCUCACGUAUUACCAGGCCAAGUUCAAUGGUCUAUUAUGAUUAUGAUCAUUAAUUAAUUAAUUUUCAAAACCCUUAACAAUUCGGCUCCAGGAUACCUCAAGGAUUCUUUAUAUCCCUGCCCAAUCACUAAGAUCUUUAGGGGAGUCUCUUUUAGAGGUCACCCAUGGUUCAGAGGCAUGACUCGUAUCUACCAGCAGCUGUGCAUUUAGUAUUGUGGUCCGGAUUCUGUGGAACUCCUUCUUAGGUGAAUCAGAUAGGUUCCCUCCAUGUUGAACUUCAGGCACUUGCUUUUAUUCACUGUAUGUUUUUGCAAUCUUAAUGUACAUCACUUAGAAAUUAAGGAUAACUGGCAAUCAGAACCCCACUGAUUUUAGUUGGAGUUAAACAUGUUUUUUCAUUGAAAUCAAUGGGUAGAAAAGAGCUUUUGUCUAGCCCAUCUAAAGAGCAGGAUCUUCCACACACAUACACCAACCUGACACACACCCAGCUCUCUGGCCCAAUCUAAUAACUGGGGUUCUAUGUAUGUGUAUAAUCAAUUGGGUAAACAAAACUAAAAUUGUGCCCAUUAGCAGUUGGGAGAUGGCCUUAUGUGGGAGGAUUAGAUUUAGUCUUCCUCUACCUUUCCUUCCAUGCCAAACUCCUGAUUGGUUGGGAUCUUAGCUUCUUUUAUAGAGCAGUAUGACUACUACUUACAUACUAUCUAAACUUUAGCUGGAUUGCCCUAUUUGUUUUUAUCGAGACAGACUUCUUUUCAGAACCAAAGAUGCUGUGCUUUGGGAUAGUGAAAUGUGGAUUUGUUUUAUGCGUUCCUGUUUACAUUUUGUCUGUAUCUUUAUGUUGAAAUGCUCAAAACUGAGCAAGGAAGACAGAACUGAUUGAACUUACUAGCAACCACUUUUAUUUCAGAACAUUCCUGAUGCAUUGAAAAGGUAUCUGUAUGUCUUUAAAGUUAGGGUUGCCAUAUUUCAAUAUGUUGAGCUUUUUGGGGGGGAGACACCACCAAAUUUGUUGAGCUUCUUUUUUACUUUUGUCCAAAUUUGUGGAGCUUUUAAGGCUACUUUUAAGGAAAUAAGACAAGUGCAUUUAAAGCUCAUCCCCGCCCCUGAAAGAAUUCUGGACACUGUUAUUUACCCUUCCCUGAGUUACACUUCCAAGCAAUCCCUAACAAACUCCAAGGUCCAGAAUUCUGAGAGGGGGGAAAUGUGCUUUGCACAUGCUUUAAAAGUACAUAUAGUGCGUUCACAGCCCAAGUAGACUGGGUGAAUUAUAUGCUUAAUCCCCCACUCCCCACCUUCUGGUUCCCAUCCUUUCUUCCAUGAGAGAUUACCAUGUAAUCCCACUUGGUUCCCAGCUACAGAUGAUUCCACUGUAGUGUAAAAAUCUGGUCAUGCAGAAGUGGAAACCACAGCACAAUGGUUUGUGGGAACUGACACCCUGGACUCAGUGAAGUGUUGCUUCAUUUGGAUGUUUCUAAAAUGCUGUGUGUCCUUUGCUAUUUCUUUCUCCUCAAGGCACUUUGUCCCCGUUAGUCAAUAAUUUUGGAGCCCAGCAAGGUUGAGAGUUAUAUUGUCAAGUACACCCGCGGGGUUUUGCCAGCCAUAUUGUAUUAAGCCACUCUACCGCGAGAAUGGUGAUCGCCUGACUGCUUAUCUUCCUCGGCUGUGUUUUCAAAAUGAUAUCUUGCCUCACUGGGUCAGGUUAUUUUUGAAAAUAAAUAAAUACAAUCUCCUUUUCCCCGGCAUUACAGGGAGGCAGUUCUGUGAUCAGGUACAGAAUGCCCAUGAUUUGUGAGAGCUCCUCCAAAUGCAAUCACUCUGCAGAGAAUGAUGCUCCUUCUCUCAGUGGCCCCGACCUCCAUUACUGAGAAGGCUGAACUCCACAUUAGUCAUGUGGAGUAAUGGGAAUGAAAUCAGCCUGACCCUUCGAGUAUAGCAUGAGCCACCCCCCACCCCCGCCGCUUCUUCAGACAUCAAAGGAGCCAUUCCAGAUCAGCAUUUUAGGAGCCUCAGAGGAGAGUUACCCCAUGCCAAUUCCAUUUCUUUUUAUUGAUGUGAUCCAUGGGCAGUAAAUGCUCAAGACAGUGUGUGCUGAAUUGAAUGCUUCAGUAACAACAAGGAAAAUAUAUGCACCUCAAUAGGGUUACCAAGUCUUGGGCUGCAUCUUAAUUUCAUAGUGUUUCAUAGUCUGAAGACCUGACAUUGUGAUGGUACUGGUGAAAGUCCCCCCCCCCCCUUAAUGGCUUACAAUAAAAUUAGGUAUUUCUUACCAUAUAUAUAUAUUUUCUUGAACACAGGUCGGGAACUCUACCCGCCCCCCCCCCAUUAAAGGGGAAAAAACUUUUGGAGGGGAGAGAAGAAGUGCCACUGGUGGGCAGGAAUAGAGGCAAAGGUGUGUAGACGCUGCCUUUUCUCUUUUUCUGUCAUUCCCUGUCCCUGCAUUUCCCCGUCUUUGCCGCCCCCAUGAUAUUCAGCAGAGGGCUACAUGGAAUUAAGCCAAGCUGAAUGUGCUAACCACCACCCUCUGUUCUAAAUGAACUGGGAUCAAAUGACAGGUUGAAAUAACCUUACUGUGGACAAGGAAGAAGAAAGUAAGGAUCAGAAUUCUAGUUCAAUUUGAGGUAGGAAGUGGUUAAUCUGGAACCCCUGGAGCUGGGAACCCUUCAGGUGUGAAAUUAAUCUACUUGGAAAUUCUAUAUUUUUUUUGUAAUCAGCAUAUUUGUCCACAAUUAAAACUUUUAAACCCAGGGCACUUUCCAGUUUGAGCCUCUUUCAUUUUAAUCCUAUGCAUGUUUAUUAAGAAGCAAGUCUUACUUACUCUAUAAAGAAACUUACAUGGAACUCAAUGGGACCCUCUCCUAAGUAGACUUAUAUAGGAUUGUACCACAAAACAAUUAAAUCACUGCUGCUGAAAUGAACAGCAUUUUUAAGGAGCUGGACUUUGUCCCCAGUUUACUAAAUGUUUGUCUGAAAAACAGAGCAUAAUAGAAAAACAUUAUUACAGUAUAUACCUCUUCACAUUUUUGUUUUGGAAUAAAAGCAGGCUUAUCUAUUUUUAAAACAAAUAACAAAUAACAAGAAUUAUUUUUAAAAAUGUAAAAUCAACAACUUUGCCUAUGGCCAGUUCUCUCCCACCCUUCUUUCUGGACUGAUACCCUUUUCAUAGCAAUAUCAAUCGCAGCCAUGUAAAAUUUACUGGGGACUGUAAAGGAAGUUUAUGUGUGGUGGUGGAAUUAGUACAUUUUAGCAUUUUAAAGCCAAAUAGCACCAGCAAAGUGCUAAUCAGAGCUGUUGUAAUGGAUAGUUGGCUCAUUGUUUUCCUGUAGUACAAAAGUGACCUCUUCUGGUAGGCUAGAAGAAUACCAGAAUUGAACGUCUGAAAAGUGAAUCUGGUAGAGGCAAGAGCUAUCUACAGUGCAUUCACAUCAGCUUCUCCACGAUAUCAUGGGAGACUUUGUGAAAAGCUUUACUGAAAUCAAUAUACACUAUGCCCACAGUAUUCCCACAGUGCCCUUUUCUAAGCGCUCACAGACUGACUGUUCAAUUAUCUGUUCUAGGACCUUUCCUCGUAUUGAUGACAAGCUGACCAGUCAAUAGUUGUCUGGGUCUUCUUUUUCCCCCUUUUUCUCCACCUUCGACCUGCAGGGUCCUCACCUGUUCUCUAAUAAUUCUCAAAGAUUAUAGACACAGGCUCUGAGACUCCUUUAGUACGCUUUAGUACGCAGACUCCUUUAGUACGCUUGGGUGCAGCUCAUCAGGCCCUGAAGAUUUGAAUUCAUUUAAAGUAGCUAGGUGUCCCCAUGCCACUUAUUUUCCUAUCUGGGCUGCUGCUCCCUCCUUUAAUACUUUAAUCUGUUACCACCAGGUUGGGCGCUGCUUUCCUUUUGGGUUAAGACAUAGGCAAUGUAGGUAUUGAGCAGUUCUGCUUUCUGUCACCCAAAAGCACUUUUCCAACUUCUCAGUGCAAGGGAACCUAUUACUUUGCUUAUUUCUCUUGUUUAGAAUAUAGCUGAAUAAACCCUUUAAAAUCAUUUUUUUAACUUCUCUUGCAAGCCUGAACUCAUUCUGAGCCUACCUGACCUUCAUCCUGCAACUGUUAGCUACUCCUAUAUACUCUUCCUUCCAUCCUUUGUAAGAUUAGAUGGGAAAGCACCUAUACUUUGGGAACUCCCUGCCACUUGAGGUAAAGCAGGCACCUUCGCUGUGCUCUUUUCGCCACCUGCUAAAAACAACCUUGUUCAGACAAGCUCACCCAGAUGCUUGGAAAAGUUGCUGCGAAUUUGUAAUCUAUUUAACUUCUGUAUGCUUUCAAAGUAUGGUUUAAGAAAAAUGCCUUGAUUUUAUUGUUUUAUCUUUUUUACGCUCAAGCAGUGUGAUAAACUGUUAAGAAAUAAAUAGUGAAUACAAUAAACAGGCGCGCUGUAGCUCCUGCCCAUCUUCCCAGCAGCCACUGGCAAGGCUCCCCGCACUCUCGGCGGACACAGCACGCGCGCCAGCGGCUCCCUCCGCGCCGGAACUGGGAACUGCACAGUAGUUCCUUCCACCUCCGACCCGGGUCCCAUCUCUCACCGCCGUCCCAUGUGACCGGCAGGCUUGGUGCUCCGAUUGGCAGGGCGGAGGAAGCAAGGGGAGGAAGGCGGAGAUUUGGCCGCCGCCUUGAUUGGAGGAGGCGCCCCAGCCGGAGCAGGCGUCGGCGGGCGGAUGGCUGUGUGCUGCUCGCUCCAUGUGAGCAGAGCGGCGCUGAGGGGGUGGCUGCCUGCGGCGCGCAGGGGGGGCGCCGCCAGCCGCCCCUGCAGGAGCAGCAGCCAAGGCCGUCCCGUGGGGAGAACCUUCGGGGCGCGGCAGGUGAGAGAGGACCCCCUCCCGAUCUCCUCCCUGUGCGCGCGCGCCCUUCGGUGUCCUCCCGUCACUUUCUCUUGUCUUGUGACACCCCCGGGAGGAGAUCGAGCCGGGCAACUGCGCCGGGCUUACCUGUCCCUUGGCCUGCUUUUCUCACGCGCGUCUCCUUUCACCCAGGCUGCCUUUGUUGCUGUUGUGCUGGGGACCUCGGAAGAUGUGGAAGGCAUAGGAAGAAAAAAGCGGCGGCGGGGAGUGGGGGGGGGGGGAUACUAGUUUUUAGCAUAUGGCGGAGUUGUUUGUGCUGGGAACUCUCAGACCUUAGUGAAGAAAGUUGCCUGGUUAAUAGCCAACCUACGUGUUCGAUUUUCGAUUCGUCAGCUGGUUUUUCCACGUUAACAAAAAGUUAAGAAGCCGCUCUUUCACAUACACUCUUCAGAGUGUUGCUUUAGAUCAGUGCAGCUUGCUGAAAGCACAUCUAAGUUAAAGCAGUGGACGAAGCAGCGUGGAGUGUUUUGAUUGUGCUGAUAUGUCCCAGUAAAUAACCACAUCCCCAAUAACUACAUCUUCCAUCGUUAAAUGCGAUGGGUGCUACAGUUAGCUGUAAUGCGCGACAAUGUGAGAUCCAAACAUUGGCAACUUGCAAGUUAGGCUGCAAGCAGUGUGUUGGGUGUGAGGCUGCCUGUGAAGACAGCUUGAAAGGUGGCUAGAUUGCUGACUGAAUUUCAUAGAACUCAUCAGAUCUCCAGUGCUUAAUGAACUUCAUUGUUUGUCAUUUUAUCUACAGGUAUGCAACUAAAAAGGCUAAUUUUUACCUUUAAAUUAUUGCAAGAGACAGGACUUCCUUAGUGGUGGCUCUAGGUUAUGGAAUUCUCUGGUUGGUGCCCGCAUUAUUCACCAGGCCCAUCUGUAAUGUUCAAGUGGUCCUUGGUGAAGAAAGUUUGGUUACUACUGCUAUUGAUGUUUGCUGGCAGUCAGACACAUUUAACUCAGUAGGGCUUGAGUAGAAGUGCAUUUCUCUUCUUAACUUAUGGUGUUCCUAAUAAUACUGUUCUUGUUAAUAGUACAUACAACUCCUGUAAUACUUCCAGACUGGCAACAUCAGCCAUGAAUUACCCUGAUUCAAAGAUGCUCUGCAGUUGUGUUUAUGUUCAUAGUAGUUUGUGGGUGUAGAUGACCAUUCUGUAAAAUUCAGCUGCCAGAUUUGUUGACCUUGAUAUCAUCUUUGGGAAGUAAUGACUACAGAUUUUUGAAAAUUUCCUGACAUAAAUUGGGGGGUGUUGUUGUAUUGCUUGUACAUUUUAAAGCUUUUUAUUGUUAUGUUUAGGGAUGUGGGUGGCACUGUGGUCUAAACCACUGAGCCUAGGGCUUGCUGAUCGGAAGGUCGGCAGUUCGAAGCCCUGCGACAGGGUGCACUCCCGUUGCUCGGUCCCAGCUUCUGCCAACCUAGCAGUUCGAAAGCACGUCAAAGUGCAAGUAGAUAAAUAGGUACCGCUCCGGUGGACAACGAAAAAUUGUCUGCGGAUAAACGUCGGCUCCCUCGGCCAGUAAAGCGAGAUGAGUGCUGCAAACCCAGAGUCGUUCGCGACUGGACUUAACUGUCAAGGGUCCUUUACCUUUACCUUUUUAUUGUUAUGUUUAAGCAGUGUUCUUAUAUACUAUCUUGAACAGUGAGGUGAGAUGUAAAUACGUUACAUAAAUACAUUAUUGGAAAAUGCCAACACAUUUUAGAGCCGUUAUUGUUUGUUCCUCCUCACCCUUGUUAUUCCUAAAUAGCAUCAUUGAAUCUUUUUCCACUACAGACUUCUCCCUCCUUUGGGUUCCUCUUUGAUAUUGAUGGAGUGCUUUUACGGGGCCGGCUAGUCAUUCCUGCUGCUAAGAAGGCCUUCCAGAAACUAACAGAUUCAAAAGGUCGGUUCCAUGUGCCGGCUGCAUUUGUAACCAAUGCUGGAAACUGCUCUCGAGACAGCAAGGCUGAGGAACUGUCUGAUGCACUUGGAUUUAAGGUACUGAAGGCACCUGUGAUCUAUAUUGGGUCACUGGCUGCUGGUGUGUCUAAAUUGUAAGUCUAUGAUCACAUGCAUCCACACCAUACAUUUAAAGCACUGUUAGGCCACGUUAACAGAAUUGGCUUUCUAUAAACAAUCCUGGGAUUUGUAGUUUGUUAAGGGUGCUGUAAAUUAUAACUCUGAGGCAUCUCCUAAUACCUCCCAGCUCCCUUUACAAACUACAGUUCCCAGGAUUCUUUGGGGAAAGCAGGCACUUAAAGUGAUAUAAGGUUGCUUUCAUGUAUGCUGUGACCUUACGUGAUGUGACCCUGAAUCCAGAUUUUGUGGGGGAUCCUCACAGAAAGAAAUAAUGUAGGGCUUAGACUCUUUCCACAAGUUGCUACUCAUUUGUUAGAAGUAAGGCUUUACCUGAUAAGGUGAAUAAAAGUUUAUUAAAUAGAGCAUUUGUUUGGGUCUGGCUGUAAGUUCUUGGACAGAGGUUUUCCCCAGCCUGACUACCUUUAAUACUGGGAUGGGGAGUCUGCUCACCCCUCCAUGCUUGUCGCUUGAUCACUAUAACCUUCAGUGAUGACUCUGCAGAUCAAACAGGACACACGGAGCUUUAAUGUUACUUGACAUCACUUAGAAUGCUUUCUAAUGAAGGCAAAUCACACAUUCAUGCAAUGUUAAAUAAUAAGAUGAGUGUCAUUUUUGUGUGGACCUUACUUAGGGGUAUGAAUAUGGAUUGUGUAUGUUCUUGCACAGUCAUAUUUCCAGUCCAUUGCAUUUUUAUUGUGGACAAGCUUAAAUAUAUUCUUCUGACAUGUCCCUACCCAAGGUAAUUUUCAAGAGAUCUUAUUGGUAUUUAAUGUCUGAGAAGGACGACGGGUGUUGAUGUUCCUGAUUAAUCUAGUGGUGUCACCUGUGCUAGCGGCUUUGGCAGCUUAGAGGAUAAAGGGCCUGGCAUAUGGAAUACUGCAUGUGGAAAGGGUAAGCUAACUGUCCUGCUGACCUUCCUCUUUUUUCAGGUUUCUCCCGAAUGGGUGAUCCUGUCCCACAGUCCUCUGCGUCUUUUCCAUCAGUUCCAUGACAAAUGUGUGCUUGUGUGUGGUCAGGGUCCUGUGGAGGAAAAUGCCAGGGAGUAUCCUUUGCUGCCUUCAGAUUUAUUUAUUUAUUUAAUCUUCCUUUCUCUUUCUUAGCAAUGUGUUAAGAAUCAGUGUUGUGUAGUGGGUGGACUGAGGAGACCUGGGUUCGAACCUUGUGAGGUGCACUUGGUGACCCUGGGCAAAAGCUAGUUUGUGCAGCUCAGCUGGGGAUUGGGAAGAUUCCCGUUCCCCAGCUGAGUCUGUCCCGGCAUGAGCAGGCAGAACAUCAAGGCUCCUUUAACUGUGCUACCCUCAGCUGAGUAGUUUCACAGAGCCCCCACCCUGCCAGCAGCUCAUGGGAACCAGUACCGGGCUGCGGGCUCCUGGCUCCUGUAACUGCUCAGCUGAGGUUGGGGCAGCUGCACACUCCUGAGUCAAGCAGUUUAAAGAUGCAGAGGGAGGAACAAGCUGUAUUGGUGCCUCGCUGAUACAGCUUGUUUGUCACUGCAUCUCAUGAGGGCAGAGUGUGAUGGCAGUUUCACUCAGUGCUCCAGAGUCCCUCUAGCAGCACUACUGGAGGUAGGAACUCUAGUGAAUGCUGCUAGCAGAGAGACUCGGGAUUGGUGGUGUUUUCACCAGCGAUAUCCUGCUGAGUGAAGCCGACAUCGCAGUCUGUUCCUCAUACCAGUCCUGGGUGAUCUAUCAAUAUAUCGCCCAGGCCUAGCACCACCUUAAGUUCAUUGGAGGAAAGGUGGGUUAUUAUAAUAAUAAUAAUAAUAAUAAUAAUAAUAAUAAUAAUAAUAUAGUGCUGUUUUUUGCUCUGCCUUUGACCUUCUGAUCAGGACAGGGAAGUGGUGAAUCUAUCAAGAUAUGAUUGCUGCCCAACAGUAGGGAUUUGGCGGGUUCCUGUUACUAAGUUCCUGGGUUAGUUCUGACAAUUUACCCUUAAGUAAGUAUAGCUCUUGACAACUUUCUUCCUUAACCAUUUGAAACAGCCUGGGAUUCCAUCACGUUGUUACCAUUGAAGAUGUGAGGAAGGCAUUUCCCUUGCUGGAUAUGGUUGAUCAAAGUCGGAGGCCAAAAGAGCUGGCAAGUAUUAACCUGAGUAUUGCAAAGUGUGACUGAAAGAGAGCAUUUGUGUGGUGUGUCCCCCUGGCAGAACUAAGUGUUCUCUUGCCUACUUUCAACUUUUCCAUAGUUGCUCUGGUAGUAAAGUUCCUGUACAACAGGGGUGAAACUCCUCUUUUAGCCCAAGCACCUCUGUUCCAUCUAGGCCACCUUCCUGGGGUCACAGGCCAGUGAUAGGCAGGGCCAGAGGCAGCAGUUGGCAAAACAAUUAAUGUAAAUAUUACCUUUGUAGUUAGUUUCUUCACAUACUCCUUUCCAUCCUCCAUCCAGGCAAACGGGUCAUUACCAAGGGCAUAUUCCAGCCAGGAAGAAACACAAGGGCAUGAUGUGAAGCUGGUGAGGGGUGUGGUUGGGUGGGGUAUGUGCCUUGAGGAGAAUCCCAAGGGACAGACAGAGAGGCAUUUGCCCCCCUAGCCUGAGCUUCUUCAGCUUUGUAGUAGUACAAAUAUUUUACAUAGUAUCCCCACCAAGAUCUCCCGUAAAAACGGCAAUAUAGAACUGUCGGUAGGAUUUUCUUCCUGCGCAAAGUUGCCCUUUGCUCCAUGUAGGUUAAAAACCAAAGACGAAUUCUAUAAGGUUGCAAAUUAGCAGAAUAAAACAGUUGGGGGAAAUUAUUUUAAAGGUUUUGUAUUUCUUUAAAAACCAGACACACAUUCAAUUUUGUUUUCCUUUUCCUAAAAACAAACAAAACACCUUAUGAUGUUACAGUUGGAUAAUAUACCAAGUAUCAUUGAGCUCUUGAGCAAACCUUACCCAUUUUCUGACACUACAAAUUGACUAAUAUCUCUUCCCCUUCCCUCCCUUUUGACAGCCUCCUCCACCUGCUGACUUCCCCACCAUAGAAGGUAAGUGCAUUGUUUUCUUUCUGAAGAGUGUUUCAUUGUGAGCUCACCUGGGCUUAGGUGGGCUUUCUCUUGGCAGAUGCACGUUUUCAAACUGAUGUGAAGGCAGAGCAGGCAGGGUGAAAAGAUGCUUGACCCUUCACGUCUGCCGGUGCAAAUUUUCCACCCCCAGGUUGUUUUCCCCCCAUAGCUAAGCUCAUUUCCACUUCUGGUGUCUGGCUGGGGGCAAAUCAAUUAUAAGUGCACAGAAAUAAUGCAGAACAAUGUGCCAUUGCUAGUUAGUUUGGUUAAAUAUAUUUAUCAACUUUAAAAAAAGAUGAGUAAUUCUGCAUAUCCUAGAAUCCACUGUAUUGCAAAGGAUUGUUAGCAUGAUGACUUUGGUAAUGCUUUCAUGCUCCCCAGUUGUUGUUGUUGUUUUGAGAAAGAACAUCAGGGGACGAAACAGAGUUGUCCCUUGUAAUGUGGAGAAGAGUUGUGAAGGCCUGGGGGGGACAGAAAAAUGGGGGGGUGUUUCCUGCAAUAUUGGGGGGUAUUCUGCCCCCCCUUUUUUCUUGGUUUUCACAUAUCUAAUGCAGACCCUGCUCUUUUUAGUCACAUCUAUAGGAAUAUGUGGCAAAUAAAUGGAAGCCCCAUUCAGUUUGCUCCAAGUUUUAUAUGAGAGCUCCUUUGUAAUCUUGGCUGGGCUGCCCAUAGUAGAUCAUUCUGUCUGUCUGUCUAUUUAUAUAUCUGUCUGUCUAUUUAUAUGAAUUCUAUACUGCUCAAUAUAUAAAAAUAUCUCUAAGUGGUGUACAGAUAACUAAAGUGACAACAGACAACUUAAAACAAAAAAUAUUGCAAAAAUACAGCUAAAAUCUCCUAGUCCUGGACCCAAGUAGAUGGGGAUAGGUUUGCAAAGGAUGUUUACUCAGAUGUAACCCACUGUGAGUUCAUUCUUAUAUGAGGUUAUUAUGUCAUAUGAUGUACAGGCACAUACUACUGUUUUGAAAAUGCGCUGCCUUUUUUUAAUCUCCAGCUGUGAUUCUGUUUGGGGAGCCAGUCAGGUGGGAGACCUGCCUGCAACUGAUCAUUGAUGUACUCCUGAGCAAUGGGAACCUAGGGGUAGAGUUGACUUCUGUUCCAUACCCACAUCUACCUAUCCUUGCCUGCAACAUGGAUCUCUUGUGGAUGGCAGAAGCCAAGAUGCCAAGGUGAUACAAAGGUUCUAUUGCAAUCUCUUGCUGGCAUUCUGUAUUUUCUCUCUCUCUCCCCCCCUCUCUCCCCCCGCCCCCCGUAUUUGCAGGAAACCUCACUGGAGAAUAUGCUCCUAUGCUCCUUGCUCAGUUGCCUCGGAUGAGCUUGAUCAGGUGCAGGGAACCUUUGGCCAUCCAGAUGUUGUUGAACUACUAUUCCCAUCAGUCCCAUUAAACAUGGUCAAUUGCAUUUUUAUUGCUUCUUUCUUGAAUUGCAUUUUAUGGUUGUAUUGUAUAUAGCAUUCUGUGGAAUUCAAAUUGUAGAACCAUACAAUGCAGUAUAAGAUAUAAAAGAAGCAAUAAAAAUGGAGUUAAAGAUCAUAUAGCAUCUAGCACAGUCCGUUACAACAGCUGUAACAGGUAGAUAAACGAUUAAGUGGUCCACCAAGACACAGUGAUUUCCAAGUGGACAUGGGGGGUGGGUUAAAGUUUGGGAGCCAAUGUUCUAGGUACAUUACUUAAGUUGCUGCGCUUAGCUUCCUGGCAGCUGGGUUGCUGCUACUUACCAAGGAGAGAGUGAGAGGUAAACUUGUGGGAAGGCUUGUGCAGUGCAAAUGUGCCAGUAGGAGUGCUGGAUUGACUCCUCCAGUGCCUUUGCAUUGUUCCAACCUUCCUGCAAUCUCGCCUCUCACCUUCCUGGUACUCAACUACAACCCACUUGCCAAGAAGCUAAAAGCCAUCGAGUGAGCCACUUCUGUAAGAACAUCUUAUAUAAACAAAGCUGUUACUCUGUUUGUUACUCUCUGUGGGGCUACCUUUGAAGGUGACCCGGAAACUACAACUAAUCCAGAAUGCGGCAGCUAGACUGGUGACUGGGAGCGGCCGUCGAGACCACACAACACUGGUCCUGAAAGACCUACAUUGGCUCCCAGUACAUUUCCGAGCACAAUUCAAAGUGUUGGUGCUGACCUUUAAAGCCCUAAACAGCCUCAGUCCAGUAUAUCUGAAGGAGCGUGUCCACCCCCAUAGUUCUACCCGGACACUGAGGUCCAGCGCCAAGGGCCUUCUGGCGGUUCCCUUGCUGUGAGAAUCGAGGUUACAGGGAACCAGGCCAAGGGCCUUCUCAGUAGUGGCACCCGCCCUCCCAUCAGAUGUCAAAGAGAACAACUACUACCAGACUUUUAGAAGAUAUCUGAAGGCAGCCCUGUGUAGGGAAGCUUUUAAUGUUUGAUGCAUUCUUGUAUUUUAAUAUUUUGUUGGAAGCCGCCCAGAGUGGCUAGGGAAGCCCAGCCAGAUGGGCGGGGUAUAAAUAAAUUAUUAUUAUUAUUAUUAUUAUUAUUAUUAUUAUUAUUUAUUACAGACUAAGAAAAUCUACUAUUUCUGGAAACUAAAAGGAACUGAGAAGAAAUUCUUAAGUGUGGAGUCUUGCUCCAGUCUAUAACAAGAGGUUCUAAAUGUAACCUCACAAUGGUCAAAUUAUUACAGGUUAGGGCUUGCUUGGUUUUGUUUUGUAUAAUGCGAGAAAACCUUUUUGAAACCCCAUUAACGUUAGGAAUACACUUUUAAGACUCUGGGGCCAGAUUAUCCAAAUACUUCCCUCAGCAAAGGGUCAGGAAUUGGUUCAGCAGUCCAUGGAGGGAUAGGCUUUUCUUCCAUAGCAGCAGAGCAGUAACAAGGGGUGGAGCAAAAGCGAUCAUAGAAUUAUGCAGUCAUGUCUGUAUUAUUUGAUUAAAGGACAUACUUGAAGAAUAGCCAUCUUACCCACAUUUCCUAUUGGGUACUUUUAUCCUCCGUAUUCACCCAGUGCCACCACAUGUUCCUAGGAGUAUGCAUGCUGACUUUUUGCGCUUUUCUUUCUUUGUGGUCAGAUUUGGCCAUGGCACCUUUCUUGUGUGCUUGGAGAACAUCUACAAGAAAAUGACUGGCAAGGAGCUGAAGUACGAGGCCUUGAUAGGCAAGCCCAGCACUGUCACAUACCGCUAUGCUGAACAUGUGAUCAAGCAGCAGAUGGAGAGUUGGGGCUGGACAUCCCCUCUCCGCCAGCUGUAUGCUAUUGGGUAAGCAACUCUUCUUCCUUGAGCUUGGGAGAGGAAGACCUUGGCCACAGCAGCUGCACAUUGGCACAGAGCAAGAUGAAAGAUUCAUAUAACUUACUGAACUGUUUUCCCUGCUAAGGGGAGGCUAGAGUGUGAUCCCUUUGCUGGCAAGCGGGGGUGGAGGUACUUGCAUGGAUGCUGUUACUAGAUGGGUCUAAAUUCUCAAAAUUUAAGUACUGCCCAAAUUUAACUAUAUAACCUUGACUCUUACCCUGUUUUCUCCUCCCUUGUCCUUUGGGUCUACUUACAGAGACAACCCAAUGGCUGACAUUUAUGGUGCAAACCUCUACAACCGUUACCUCCAGGCUCAGGCUGAAGUAAGUGUCACUGCAAUGGCAGCAGAGAGCGAGGAACAUGUUGAGAUGCAAAGAGAUCACAGUGUGUCCAUCACCUCUGCAGAGAGCUGCCAGUCCAUACUGGUCUGCACUGGGGUCUACAAUCCCCAGGGAGAUGUGCCUGCUGACCACAACGAGAACAUGUUGGAGACUGUAUUCCAUGGGCACCGGGACUUCCAUUUUGAUCCAACCUUGGUGGAGGCCUCUCACGUUGUGCAUGAUGUGAAUGAUGCUGUGGAGCUCGUCUUUCAGAAGGAGAACUGGAAACUUGAAUGAUAAGUCCAGUGUUGCCAGCAUCUCACAUGGGGGCAGAAGGGCAGAGGCAGAUCAGAGCACUGUCUUGUUCAACCCAUGCCAAAGUAAAGGAAAGUUCUCCCAAUUUUUUUUUGGGUAGGGAUUGCACCCAUCUCCCAAAUCUUUGUCAAUAUGGGCCUCUAGCACAUUUGCCAACUUGAAAUUCUGCAUUGUUGCGAAAAUGAGUUUGGCCAAAGAGCAGUCUUUGCCAACCAGGGUGCCACCCAGAUGUUCUGAAAUAACAGUUUCCAUCACUGCUGACCAUUGGCUGUGCUGGCUGGGGCUGAUGGAAGUUGUAGUCCAAAACAUCUGGAGAGGACAGGUUGGGAAAGGUUGCCAUGGAGAAGGCCGAAAGGGUCGCUAACUUGCCCCACCUGUUUCACAUCUGUGCAGCUUCCAUUCUCUUUCCUAUAUCUACAACUACUGUGUAAUCCCAAUUUUGUGGUGAAAUGGGCUCCUCUGCCAAAGGCCAGUGCGUCUUAAAUCUCUCCACCCAAUCCUAUCUAAAUAAUUGUGACCCAGCAUCAUGAGGUCUGCUACAGUUUUUGGCUCUUGCUUCUGUUCCAGAUGCGCCUGAAGGUGCUUGAAAAGUUCAAAAUAUUAAAUGUGUGUCUGUGUUGAUUUAUGGCGCAUGAUAUGCCUGGAGGAACAGACCCUCUUACCAGAGCAGGAAUAGAAAUAGAAGCAAGAUAGUUGCAGUAAUGACUAAAUCUCACUCUCCUGGCUAUUUCACAACCUUUGACUAGUUGUCCCUGAAAUAUAAAUAUUUACUUAGGCACUACCCCUUUUACUAUUCCUGUGAGUGUUCCAUGCCUUUGGUAGGCAGAGUUCUGUCUGCAAACAAUGGUCCUUGACCUGAACCAGAAUGGACUCUGGUGUGCAGAGUUUGGGAUACCAGAUAAUGAAAAUUGGAGAAGAGAAGGGGCGGGGGAGUUUUACCUAGUUGUAAAAGAAAUGGCUUUAGCUUUCACAAACUGUCAAGGGCAAGACUGUGAUUUGUGAUUUGUUGCUGUGUUUCCCUCUACCACCUUCUCACAGAAAUAGCAAUCUUGAUCCUCUCCAAACAGAUCUUUCCCUUGCAUUAAUUUCAUAUGGUGUUUUAGCACCCUGCCCCAGGGCUGUUCGUUGCUUAGAAAUCAUUAGCCUGGGUCCAGACAUGCAUGCGGCCUUGCCUGUAUAUUGUUGCAGAGAUGUGCAUGCUUCAGCAGAAGAUGCUAAUGCAGAAGCAUGUUUCUCUGUGUACAGCUGGGCUGAGGAACCUGUGGCCUGCCAGUUGUUGUUGACAUCAGCAUCCAUCAUCUCUACCCAUGCUGGCUAGGCUCAUGGGAGUCCAAAAACACCUAGAGGGCUGCAAAUUUCCCAGAGUUUUGAACCUGUGCUAUGUAUGUCUCCAAACCUCUUUAAUGAAGAAUUUCCAGGCCACCCUUUGUGUAAGCCGCAUCCUGGAAACAUCCCCAUGUCCCAUGCGCAAAUGCAGAAGAGGCAAUCGUAGAUUUUUGUACCACAGUAAUUGGUGAUGUUAGUGGGUAAAUAGCAAGUUGGUCCUGUUCCUCUUAUGAAUCUGGACAUAAUUCUAAGUUCCCUUUUUCUGUAGGACAGAUUACUACUACUUUGUAGCAUGAGCAAUAACCUUAUUUUCUUAUAUUAAUAUAAUUGUUUGCCUCUGUUUUAAAUAACUUUGUAAUGAUGAUGACUCUGUUGCAGGGGUAGGGUUGGGCUCCAAUUCCUGCUUCUCCUAUACUACUUUCCAGUUGAACCAUUUGUGCUUUCUGGAGAUUGGUUGGCUUUAGCACAUGGAUGGUUUUCAUUUUAAGGGGAAAAUGUCAGUCUCAAAUACUUUCUUGCCAACUGCAGGGAAAGCCAAACAGUUGGUUCCGUUGACUGUACUUCUUUUUUCAGUGAAUUACCAAGUAUCUUUUUUAAAAUAAAAAAUCAUUACCUUUUUUAUUAAAAAAUGGAUUUGUAUAACAAAAUGCAAAUGCUAAAAUAAAUAAUAAUUAAGACAUGCCUUGUAUUAAAUACAAAAAUGACAUCCAAAUGAAAUAUAUAGCAAACAAGUGUGAACAAAUCUAGGAGUAGACAAAGUGAAACACAGUAUCCUGUAUUUAGGAAGUACCGGCUUCUAAUUAAGUUUAUACUAUGGCAAGCUUCAAGCAAAUAUACUUUUCUUCUUUUAAAAUGCUCCGAGUUUUACAAAAAUCUUCAUAGUUUUAUUUAAUUACCAUAUUUUUCGCUCUAUAACACGCCCCCGACCAUAACACGCACGUAGUUUUUAGAGGAGGAAAAUCCGUAGGCAUGCCACCCGUAGGCAUUCCCUCCAUAACACGCACAGACAUUUCCCCUUACUUUCUAGGAGGAAAAAAGUGUGUGUUAUGGUGCAAAAAAUACGGUAUAUCCUCUCUUCUUCUUCCUCCUUCAACAGCCGAUGGUCUGCCCCCUUUUAUCCUUGCAACAUCACUGUGAGGUAGGCAAGGAUGAGAGAUGGUAACUGGCUCAAGGUCUGUCAGUAACCUUUAUGUCUGAGCAGAGAUUUGCAUCUGAUUUGUAGUCCCUCUACUGUAUACCACACUACAUAUCCUGUGCUGCAUAAUGUGGCUCAGAACCGGAGUUGUCAAGGGGAAGAGCUGUAGUUCAGUAGCAGAGCAUCCGCUUUGCAACUCUGGAGAUCCACUGCUGGUCAGUGUAGACAAGUCCUGAGCUAGAUGCACCAUUGACCUGGCAGUAUAAGGCAUCAUCUUAUGUUCCAAGGAGCACGAGCUAAGCGUCCUACAAAGUGUUAUAAAUACCGUAUUUUUCGCUCUAUAACACGCACCCGACCAUAACACGCACAUAGUUUUUAGAGGAGGAAAACAAGAAAAAAAAUAUUCUAAAUGAAACAGUGGAUGUAUGAUUUUUGUGGUUCAUGCUGUGGCCACAGACAUGUGAUCUGACGGUGAGUUUGGGGUAGCCCAAUGCAAAAAUCCUGAGGAUCCAUGUGGAUCCAUGCUUUGUAACCACAUUUUUGCACCACUGCGGCCCCAGGCAACAGUGGGUGCGUGAUUUUUUUGGUGCAAGCUGUAGCCAUGGACAUGCUAUGUGAUCUGAUGGUGAAUUUGGGGUGACCCAGUGCAAAAAUCCUGAGGAUCCAUGUGGAUCCAUGCUUUGUAACCAUGUUUUUGCACCACUGCGGCCCCAGGCAACAGAGGGUGCGUGAUUUUUUUGGUGCAAGCUGUAGCCAUGGACAUGCUAUGUGAUCUGAUGGUGAAUUUGGGGUGACCCAGUGCAAAAAUCCUGAGGAUCCAUGUGGAUCCGUGCUUUGUAACCACAUUUUAAGUGGGGAGGGAAGGAAAAGCAUUCAAGGGACAAGGAACACGCAUGGGGUGUGUGGAGAAGGAUGCUGUUAAUAAUGCAGAAGAGGGGUAUAAGAGGAGAAGGCUCCUCUCCUCUCCUGCUUUGCUCCUUUAAAGCAAGCAGGCUCUCUGCCCCUCUCUCCUCCCCACUCAGCAGCUCUUCUCCCGCUUUGCUGUUUCAAAGCGAGCCACGGAGGAGGGAAGGAAGGGGAACCAUGGAUCCUCUGCUCACGACUGCAGCAGAUCCCCCCGCCAUCCUUAGGCAUUCGCUCCAUAACACGCACAGACAUUUCCCCUUACUUUCUAGGAGGAAAAAAGUGAGUGUUAUGGUGCAAAAAAUACGGUACCCAUUAUUUUCUGGGUGGGAGGCGGAGUUAGUCUUGGUACUUCAUCUAUUGUUUUGAGAAAUGCAGUGGUGCGUGUCAAGUUAAUUGUGGCAACCAUGCAAUUAACUAGAAGCUGGAGGGGAUGAAAGGAACUAGGGGAUAAAUUGAAGGUUUCAGACGUGGGGUGAAAAGAAAGCAGGAUUAUUCACGGGAAAAACAGCAGGGAAGAUCUUUUGAGUUUCUCAGAGGGCAGGUCUACCUAGUUCAGUACACCUGGUGUGCAGGUCACGGAUCUCUAAUAUCUGACCUGUUCUUUGGUGCUAGUUAGGUAAGGAUACAUUGCUCCCCACAUGGAAAACAUUGCUCGUUUAGCUUCCUAUGUUCACAUGGUAAAGGGAGCCAGUGAAGAGAAGCUGGAAGGGAUGUGAGAGUUCUGAAAUGAGAUGCAGAUUAACCAAUGAGCCAUGGGAUGCAAAGUAGGAAUAAGAGGUUGGAGAUGGGCAAAUGAAAGAUCAGAGAGAACUGUCUUACAGUAAUUGAGGUGAGAGAGAAUCAGCUGAAUUAACUUGAUCCCUCAUUUUCAGCAUCUUGGCAUGUUAAUUUGAGUUUGCUAAGCUGCUUAGCACCUCAAGUAUAAGUCAUCCAUCCUCUCCCAUUCAAGGAGCAAUUUGCACUUUUUUAAAAUAAAAAAAGCCACAGCAUAAAACCGACUUAUCCUCCUCCUGUCUUUCCCUGCUGCAGCUGUCGACUCAUGACAGCCCCUGCAAGACAUAAUUAAGGCUCUUCACUCCUGUGCUUUAUUUUAAGCAUCCUUCCACCCUCAGACGCUCUCCAGGCUUCUUUAUUUCUUCCUUCUUGCAAUCUGUGCAGUAAGGGACAGACUUUUCUUACUGAUUUGGGGGACAAAACAGUCCUUUGCCCCCUGUUUCUUGAAGUAGCAUUUAAAUGCAUGUAGUUUAAGUCCAACUGAUUUAAAAUCCCUUUUAAAACUAC